AUGACAGACAUACUAGGUGAUGAAAAUUGUAGUAUGUAUGACUAUUUACCGAAAUUGGAUACAAAUUUGAAGGUAGAUUCCAAAAUAGUUGUCGGAGCGGCUAAAGUUGCCUCUAUUAAAUCUAGUACAGCUUCAACAAAAACAUUUUCAUCUUCAACCUCCACCUCAACAUCUGGUCAUUCAAACAUUGUUGGGCUAAAUAAACAUGUAGAGAUUUCUACUCAUAGAACUCUGCCAAGAACUCUCUUUAAAAGCAAUACGCUAGAAGCUCUGUUUAUUGGUAAUCUUGAUAAGGAUGUUACGGAAAAGCAGUUAGAAACCAUAUUUUCUGUAUAUCCCUCCUUUAUCUCGGCAAAGGUAUGUUAUAACUCAUCCACCAACCUAUCUUUAGGUCAUGGUUACCUAAAUUUUGGGAGCAAAGAGGAUGCUGAGAAGGCAUGCGAGGAAAUGAACUAUUCCAAAGUUCUUAAUAAUGAAAUCCGAAUAAUGCCAUCGAUGAGGGAUCCAGAUUAUAGGAAAAAAGUUGGAACAAACGUUUACUUCCGUAACUUACCUACAGAGAAUAAUAUGUUAACGACCAGAUAUUUUUAUGAUUCCUUUAGAAAGUAUGGUAAGAUAUUAUCGUGUAAAAUAGAAAGAAGUAAAAAAAUUGGUUUUAUUUAUUUUGCUUGUGAGGUGACUGCAAAUGAAGUAAUAAAGAAGUUCAAUAAUUCUUCCUUCUUAGGAAAUAAUAUUUACUGUGGUCUGCAUUUUGAUAAAGAGGAACGAAAUAAUAGGUUAAAGUUAUUAAAGAAUGAAGUAGAGGAAAGUGAUACUUAUCAAAAACCUGAAGCUUUUGAUGAACUGUCAGAAAAGAAAUUCCUUGUUAAAAAUUUGCCAUUCAAUGUGGCAAAAUUCCAAGUGGAGCAAUUUCUUGAUAAAAUUGGAGUUUUAGCUUCUUUGCAUCUUUUGAAUAAAGAAAGCAAAGGAGAAACACUCGCUUAUGUUACUUUCAAGAAUUUGCAUGUGCUAGAUAGUAACUCUAGACAAUUGAAAGGCAUUGAGUUCAAAGGCAAGAUAUUGGAAUUUGUGCCCAUAAAUCUGAACAAAAUAAAAAAAUCAAAUAUAUUAUACCUCUCAAACCUUUGUGUUAUAUGUGAUAGCAAAUUUCUAAAACAGAUAUGUAUGCAAGAGGGCGUAAAAUUUGAUACAAUAGAGAUUACCACUUACGAUCCCACUUCCAUGACAUAUUCAGGUUUUAUCAAAUGCAAAAAAUAUAAAGAUACUGAAAAAUUAUUUAAAUACCUUGAUGGGAAGUUGAUUGGCGGUUGCAUAACAAAAGUCACUAGUCAGAUGCCAAUAAAUUUCGUGGAAAAGUCUUCCAAUAUAGCCGCCUUUAAUGAGUGUGGGGUAGUUUGGCAACCUCCAGGAGCCUAUUCCACACAUACUGAACAAAAUGUCACAAUGAAAUACACCAAGAAUGAACAUCUCGCAUCUCAUGUUGAAUCUUAUAGUACUGAAAAACAAAAAUAUAUAAAUGCGAGUAGGAACUCAAUUAUGAAUACGCUGAAGAAGCACAUCUCACAAGCAGUUGAAUCUCCAAAUUUUCCUAUCGCUAUAAGAGAUAACAACCUAUCUUGUAUCGUCAAUUACAUAGUUCAGGUUUAUUGGAAUGGGAACUUGAAUGCUUUAUCUCACUUUUUGAGUUUAAUAAAAUCCGACCUUCGUUGUAGUUUCCAGUUACGUAAUCAAAUCUCCGAAGCAAUUGUGUCCUUAGGUUUCAAAAACUAA